AUGUGGAAAGCUUUCGGUACUCUUGUGGCUAUUGCUGCUAUCCAAGCUCAAGUUGAAGCUGCUCCAGCUCCUGCUGUUGUGACAAUUUGGCAAACAGCUACCAAAGUUGUAUAUGCUAAUGGAGAUGCAUACACCACCAUUCCUCCACUUUCUUCUACACCUUCUCCUAUAGCUGCUGCUUCUUCUGCGGCUGGCGGAUUUGACUUGGAUAACUUGUUGCAACAAGGCAAGAUUAGUGAAUGGUUAGCUUACUUUAAAGGGUCAUCCCAAACUCCAGAUGCCAACACAGUAGCAUUAUCUACGCCCUCUACUAUCGCUCAAGAUACUACAACCACUUCUUACCCUCCAAUUCAAGCCCAAGUAUCUACUAGUCCAAAUACACCUAGUGUUGCUACAACAUCGUCAUCUACAGCUGCUGCUUCCACCAAUACUGGAUCUUCUUCCCUUUCCAGCUUCCAACAAAAUAUUCUUGAUGCCCACAACGUUGAUAGAGCAAAGCACGGUUCUGGUGCCUUAACUUGGGAUUCAACACUUCAAUCUUAUGCUCAAGAUUACGCUGACAAAUACGACUGUUCUGGUGUUUUGACACAUUCCGGUGGUCCAUACGGAGAGAACUUGGCUUGUGGUUACUCUGAUGGUCCAUCCGCCGUUCAAGCAUGGUAUGAUGAAGGUAAGACAUACAAUUACGGAUCUUCUUCAACUUAUGACCAUUUCACCCAAGUUGUGUGGAAAUCGACUACCAAGCUCGGUUGUGCCUACAAGGACUGUAGAUCCAACAACUGGGGCUUGUACAUCAUUUGCUCAUACGACCCUGCUGGCAACGUUAUUGGACAAAGCGCUGCCAAUGUCUUACCUCCCCAAUAA